UCUUUCUCAGUUUCUCCGUGGCGUCUGAUUGAUUGAUCUGCUCCAUCCCAUCUCAGUUGAUUCUGAUCGGUCUCUGCUCAGUGCUCACAAGACUUUCUGCGUUCAAUGGUUGUUUGGAAAAUCAUGAUAGUCUGGUCUCGAUGAAUGACCGUCUUCAAGCAUUUAUCUUUGCUUUCCCUUAAUGGCUUCCUUGUACUAGAGAUCUGCGUCUGUGAUUCUCUAGGUCUUUAAGAGGGAAGCAGGGGUGGGGGCAAGGAGUGCGGCGGCUCUUUAAUUGCAUGCGGAGAUGCAGGCGGUGGAGCUCGAAGCCGCGUCUUCUGUGGAUCUCCAGGUUCCUACGGUGGCAACAGCUGAUAUGAGGGGCAAACAUCGGAUUCUCGCCGAAUUGAAACGUCUUGAACAGGAAACUAGAUUCUUGGAGAAAGAGCUGGAAGAGCUUGAGAAAACUGAAAAAGUGUCAGCCGCAUGCCAAGAAUUGCUGCUUAAUGUAGGAAGCAGACCUGAUCCACUACUGCCAGAAACUACUGGCCCCACAAACCCAACCUGGGAUCAAUGGUUUGAAGGCCCACAAGAGUCGCAGGGUUGCGGAUGCUGGAUACUUUGAACACUACUAGAUUGGUUUCGAAAUUUGUAGUUAUUUUUUUACGGUUUUGAGGAAAGAGGGUAUGUAUCCUUUGCAUUACUUAUUCUGUAACAAAUAUUGGAUAAAACAUCCAUUGAGGAAGAAAUGAAAAUUUUUUUUUUCUUUCUUUGAA